AUGAUGUCAACCACGAGGAUCCUGAAACUUUUCAGCAUCAUUUAUUAUAUAAUGGUGCUUGGAUCUUUGGCAAAUUGUGUCACGCGUCGAUGCCUGGCUAGGAAACUGGUUGCAAUGGAGCUUUUCAGUCCUCCAAUGCCUUCGGGAUGUACCGUUACAGUGAUUCUCAAAUCCAUUCAAUAUGAGACCCUGUCUGUGGAUACUAAAGCCCUGCGUUUCUCAAGUCGCAUUAGAAUCGAAAUGGAAUGGAAUGACCCAGACCUUGCAUGGAAUGAUACGUAUGACUUUAAAGAAAUUAUGCUGCCAGUUGACAAAAUCUGGACUCCUGAUCUAAAUGUAGCCAACGCAGUCCAAACGGAUGUGAAGCCUGUCACUACUGACAUAUUAGUGAGACGUGAUGGCACUGCCCAACAUUCUAUCCAAUUGUAUACAACCGUGGUGUGUGGAAUCAACCUUUUUUACUACCCUUUUGUACUAGAUGCGUGCCCAGUAGCCCUUAAUGGAUGGACAGGAAACAAUUGUGGGCUAAAUUUAAUCUUUGGGAACGUAUCUUCAGUGGGCCAAGAUCGAGGUGAAUGGCGAACUAUAGCAGUGGAGCUAAUUCAGGAUGAAGAAAACUUGGACCGCAACUAUCUCUUUGUCACUAUGUCCACCAACCCAUUCGACACAACAGUGACACUCAUUCUCCCCAGUGUGCUUAUCAUGUUAGCUGAUCUGGUGAGCUUUGCACUCCCACUGGAUAAACGCAGCUCCUUUAAAAUCACUCUGGUGCUCAGCUUUACCAUGUCCCUGCUCAUCCUCACUGAACACGUGUCUGACAGUGGCCUCUGCAGUCCGCUGAUCCGUUAUCACUUUUGUUUCUGCUUGAUCAUUUUGGUUAUGAGCUUGCUGAUAUCGAUGGUGUUGUCGCGAGUUGCAGACAAGGGCGUCAUCUUGUCCUGUACGCACCCAGAAUCAUAUAAAUCAAGAAACACCGUUGGCAAAGAUGAGAUAAAAAAGGGUAUAAACCUGAAUGGUGCGUCUACAAUCUCAGUUGAUGUGACUGCCAAGGACACUUCAAUACAGAAAAUUGUGGCUUUCGUGGAGAAUAUAGAGAAGACAGAUAAAGAAAAAACGAAGAGGACUGAGUAUGCAAAUCGGUUUGACAGAGCCUGCUUCUGGUGCUACCUUUGCUUUGAUAUUAUUUAUGUCAUUUGUAUAAUUGGUAUCACUAGAACAAAUUUUUGUCAAAUUAACAAUCUGGAUUUCUGGAUUUAA